AUGAAGCGACAGCAGUCCAUGCUGUCAUUUUUAUCCAGAGAAAGCAAGAAAACACGCGACGAAGCAGGUAAGAACUUACCAUAAGAAGCUUUUUGUGUAAACCUUUCGAAGUUUCCACAUGAUUAGUUUUCAGUCAUAGUUUCCUGGAAAGUGCGACUUCCGCGAAUGGAAUUACUUGUUGACCAUAGCGACAAAGGCUGCCUUUAUUCCUAAAAUUCUUCGUCUUGAAGUGUUCAAAAUACUUUACCGUCAAUUGGCUAACAGGAUGCUAAAAAAUAGCAGCCUUCAUGGACUCUAAAGUUUAGAUUAAAAGUUAGAUAUUUUAGACUGUAAACUGUGAAGAGACAUUUGCAGCGAUCGGAAGCGGAGAGACCGCUGACUUUAAAACGAUUCUUCAUGUAGGCCACCCCAAAGUUAUCGUCAGAAAAACACGCUUUUCUUUACAUGGGCCGCGCACUAUGGAAAGAGAACAUUGAAGACAGAAUAAAAGUACUGGAAUCAAAUGUUUUUGAUGUUUUCUCAAGAGUCAAUCUAUAAAUUUAAAGGGAAAAGUUAUACAUUGGGCUAGAAGUCCCUUCAUAUGUGAUGUAUCUUUUAGAAAACAACACAGUCCAUGAUGACCAUCAACGUGUACAAAUUGAAGCUGAAGUAGAACCAUCAGCAAUACCCGCCCCAGUAGUUGCACCCCCGCUGAUUGAUGAGCCAAUACCAGGUACAGUGGCACCUUCAGCAAUACUGUCCUCAGAUGCACCUUUGUUAAUUGAGAAGCCAAUGCCCUUGGGACCACGAUCAAUAGAUGCCAGUUCAAAAAUCUGUACUAUUCCUGAACAGCAGCACCUGCGAAUCCUGGACGAAGCUUUUGGGAGUGACCUUCACCAUGGAUUACACAAUCAUGUCCUUUGUGCCAAAAACGGUUGCAAGUCACUAUCCUCUAGUGAAAAAAGCAGGCAGUUACCAUUGAAGCCUCAUGUCUUCAAACACGAAUGGGUUGAUGACGAUGCUGCAUUUUGUUGUAAAAGUGGUGUAUGGUGGUUGGCCUUAGAAGAGGGCAAGGGUAUGUUCUGUUGUCUCUGUAAAAAGCAUAACAAAACCGGGAAAGAUGUGAAAUAUGCUUCUGCACCAGGUACACGAUACAGAAAGGUCGCAGUGUUAGAGCAUGGCAACUCAGAAGAGCACAAGCAAUCAGUAGGAAAAGAACUUCUUCAGCGGGCAUCAUGGUUACAGAAGGAGAUAGAUAAGAAAGCUGAAGUUGCUGAUGAGGUUUUGGUGCAAGCAUUUGCAGCAUUUUAUUUCACUGCCAAACAAGAAAUUUCCAACAUGAAGGUCUUGCCACUUAUUGAAUUUUUAACUCGGUAUGGGUUACAGGACAUGAAGUACUUUACCCAUAGGUCUGAGAGGUGUAGGCAAGAGAUCUUUCUGGCAAUUGGCCAAGUACUUAAAAGUCAAGUAGUGAAAGCCGCUGCAAAUGGUCGUUAUUUUUCUCUUCUUUCCGAUGAAGUAAGUGACAUUGCCGUAACAGAACAAUUGGUCACUUUUGUCCAAUACGUAUCUGAUGCUCAAGUUCAAACAAAGUUUCUCUCUGUUCAAAAUCUUCUUGAACACCAUAGUAGUGCAAACUCUGAUGCCAUUGUGGACAUGCUAACCCAAGAGAUUGACAACGACAAGCUACAGUGGGGAUCACUUGCAGGCCUGGCAUCUGAUGGUGCUUCGGUAUUCACAGGCAGUAAGAAUGGAGUUGGUGUGAAGCUGAGAAAGAAACAAGAAGAACGUAUAGAUGAGGGAAGAACCUCAAUAAUGCAGCAACUAUGGUGUGUUUGUCAUCGGCUAGCUCUCGCUUGUUCCAAUGCUAAUGACUCUGUAAAUUUUGUAUCUGUGGUUGAGAAAAAUUUGCGGCAGCUGUGGUCUUUGUUUGAAAAUUCAAACAAAAAGACAGCAUUGUAUGCUAAGGUGCAGAUGAACUUAAACAGUAUAAUGGUGAAUGAGAGAACUAGGAAAGUAGUAACACGCAAGAUCCAGAAGGCAUGCCGUACGAGAUGGCUUUCACUGGGGAAAGCAGUGAAGAGUUUGAAAGAAGAUUACCCAGCGGUUCUCACAACUUUGAAAGCACUUGAUGAAGAUCAUCACGAUGCUGCUGCUAAGGGUUUAUUUAUGCGACUGAACACUUUCAAGUUCAUUGGAGCGAUCUACAUUUUAAACAAGGUCAUCCCAAUCCUUGACACAGUCUCCAAGUCCUUUCAAAAGGGAUCUGUAACCUUCUCGCACAUUGCACCAAAUGUUGCAUAUGCAAAAAUGAAACUUGAGCAAGAAGCCCUA